AUACAUACAUACAAACUCACUCACCACUCCCUUACCCGACCCAAAUCGCCGCCGCCACCGCCGCCGUCAAAAUGGUGUGCCUGUCGGAUCCCCUCGUCCAGACCAUCUCGGACCUCUACCACAAAAUCGCCGCCCUCGAAAACCUCGACCCCUCCGAAGAAGUCAACGCCCUGUUCGGACAGCUUGUCCGCGCCUGCAUUCCGCCGCAUCCCAUCGACGUCUCCAAACUCUGCGCCGAAAUUCAAGAAACCCGCCAAAAACUCAUCGGCCUCUGCUCCGCCGCCGAGGGCCUCCUCGAGAGCCACCACGCCGCCGCCCUCGCCGCCUUCGACUCCCCCCUCGACCACCUCCACCUAUUCCCUUACUACUCCAACUACCUCAAGCUCAGCCGCCUCGAGCUCGACCUCCUCCUCCCCCACUCGCCGGACCCCCGCCGCCUCGCCUUCAUCGGCUCCGGCCCCCUGCCGCUCACCUCCAUCGUGCUCGCCACAGGCCACCUCACCUCCUCUGUUUUCGACAACUUCGACAUCAACCCGGCGGCUAACGCCGCCGCGGCUCGGCUCGUCGCGCCGCACCCCGAUCUGGCGCGGCGGAUGAACUUCCACACCGCCGACGUUAUGGACGUCCCGCCGGCGGUCCUCCGGGAGUACGACGUCGUCUUCCUGGCGGCGCUGGUGGGGAUGGAGGCGGAGGAGAAGAUGCAGGUGGUGGAGCACCUGGAGAAGUCGAUGGCGCCCGGCGCCGUGCUGGUGGUGCGCAGCGCCCACGGCGCCCGGGCGUUUCUGUACCCGGUGGUGGACCCGCGGCAGCUCCGGGGGUUCGAGGUCCUGUCGGUGCACCAUCCGACGGACGAGGUAAUAAAUUCGGUGGUCGUGGCGCGGAAGUGCGCGGCAAAAUUGGCGGCGGCCGUCGGGAAAUCGGCGGCGGCGGCGGCGCUGUGCAGCAAGUGCGGCGAGAUUCAGCCGUUCGCUUGUAAUCCGAUGAGUCUGGUGGAGGAAUUGGCGGCCGCCGAAGAGCAUAUUUGCUGAUUAAUUGCCAUAUACUAUUAAUUGAUCCUCUCCUCCAGAUACAUUUGUUGUUCUUACCAUAAUAUUAUUAUUAUUAUUAAUCGAUGGAUUGAUGCGAUGCGAUGCGACGUCGUUUCAAUCAAUCAAUUAAUCAUUAUUCUCUGGUUUGUUUGUUUGAUGUUUGGUUUGCCUUUUUCUUUUUUUGUUUUUUUUGCCUUAUCUUUGUUGUACAAGAAAAUGCAGUGCUUGUGUUUGGAACAAAUAACAUCACCACCACAUUAUUGUUAAACGAUUUUUCGUUUCUAUUAAUUCAAUAUCAGUUAUCUUUUUGUUUGGUUUCA